UAGCUCAGAAGAUCCAGUGCAUAGCCUACGAACCCUUCUGCUUAAAGACCAUGGUAAUUUGUUGGAAAAGGAUAAACUUUGUUCUGAUAUGUUCUCCGUCAGUCAGGCAAAUGUUGAGACAAGAUAUGCCAAUGUGAAAAAUUGUUCCUCCCCAGAUAAAACUUUAACCACUGUGCCUAUAUUGCCUUCAUCUCCAACCAGGAAAGCACUGUCUUGUGUACGCAUAACACUCUCUCCAAAACGUAAUAAUGCAGAAUCAUUCAGUAUAUUGGACACCGAAGCUGAAGCAAGAUCUAAUGACAGUCUUAAGACUGACGCUCAACAAAUACUUUUAAGCUCUCCCCCCCAGAUUUUAUUAGAAUCUGCCUCUAAGCUAUUAACUGCUGAAUCUAUCCCAAAUGAUCAAGGUUCUUUAUACUUCCCAAAAUCAGUAUCUUCACAGCAUCCUACAUAUAUGUCUCUGGAAAGUAGCCUGAGGAUGCCAUUUUCAAGGCAGGCUUCAUGUGAACUUAAUUUGCAGGAGAAUUUCAAGUCCACUGUUUCUGCGCAAACUGGAAAGGCAACAUCUGAUGCCAUAACUCAGAUAACAACAGAAAGUCCUGAAAAGACAACAUUUUCAGCAGAGAUAUAUGUUAGUACAGAAGAUGGUGAAGCCAGUACCUUUGGGUCCUCUCACCAGAAGGCGGGUGAAAUCCCCAACCUAGCUACUUCGUCUCUGAACCACAUUUCAUCUUCCCUCAGGCCACUUGAUCAGCCUCUAUUGUUGCCCUAUAAGCCUUCUGGAAGUUCCAAGAUGUACUAUGUUCCCCAUCCAAUGAAAGGACCCAAAAUAUCUCGUGUCAGGUCAGAGACCACUAUUGAGAGCUCUCACUCAGGCUCAAAUGAUGCUAUUCCUCCAAAUUUUCCAGCAAAGAUACUUGGUUCCAUGGAUGAGAAUCCUCUAGACAUUGUAGCUGUUAAACAUAAAGAGGGCAUCUACAGUAAGAGGGCUGAGCCUAAGGUAGCCUGGGCAAAUGAAAAAAAGACACCUCAGAAAGCUACUACAGAUGACAGACUCUGUUAUUUCAUCAGAAUCUUCUGCUACAAUCAGCAGUUCCUGGAGACCAAGCUCUGCCCUCAAUAACAAGCGACACACACGGAUGUUAAACAAGGGCAUCCAAGCAGGUGACUUGGAGAUUGUGAACAGUGCAACCAAGAAAAAUACUCGAGAUGUUGGUGUGACUUUCCCCACCCCAAGAGCUAGCCAGGCGAGGCCACAGAAACCCCUGAGUUAUGCGAAUGAUGGUUUUGGGCAGUUGAAUUGUGUGUGUUCAGAUUUUCCAAACCUAGCAGGCAAGGGGAAACAGCUAUCACAAGGUCCAUCCUGGUUUGAGCCACUGACCAGCACAAAGCCAUGGAGAGAGCCACUCCGAGAGAGGAAUUGGCAAGAGCAGCAAAGAAGCAUAAAGACUCAACCAGUGGUCCCAGUAAGAGAUGUUGAGAACAAGCCCCCAAGACCAUUUGUGAAAAUGACACUGCAGGAGGCGCUUGUAUUGCACCGUCCUGAUUUCAUCUCCCGCUCUGGGGAGCGUAUGAAGCGCCUGAAGCUCAUCAUGGAAGAAAGGAAGAUUCAGAGUGUGUUGCAGAACGAGCGAGAGGAGCUGUUCAAUUCCCCAGAGAAGAAGGGUUAUAAGAAUGCUAGUUACCUGCUCUAUAACAGAGAUUACCUGGUUAAACAGAAGGAAAGGACAGUUCCAAUGAGAGAAAUGGUUCAGAGAUCUAAAAGAGGUAAUGCUGCUAGUGAAGUUUUUAGAAAUGUUGGGCUUCUGGGAGCAGCUACAGACAGAGUAGGAAAACAGGGACAAAAGAGAAGAAUCUAUGAACGGCUGCCUGAGGUGCAGAAGAGACGAGAGGAAGAAAAAAGAAAAUCUGAAUAUUCUUCAUACCGGCUGAAAGCACAGCUUUACAAAACGAAGAUCACCAACCGCAUCUUAGGAAGAAAAGUGCCUUGGAACUGAUUGGAAAAAUCAGCAUCUAUUUAAAUAAGGUGUAUUGUACGUAGUGAAUUUUUAGAAUCUUUCCUAUGUACAUUCAUUUGUGAUGUGAGAAACCAUAGUAAAUUUUCCAGUGUGCAGAGAAUGUUUGGUGUAAUUCAAUAAUGUUGUAUGUGCUUAGCAUGUUGACAGUUUGUAUUUUUAUUUAAGGAUCAAUGAUUUUAUGUAGAUUGCUUUUAAAAAUAUUUAAAUUAAAUGACCGAUUUCAGCAGCAUUUUUAUGCCCUUCCCGGAUUAAUUUAGUUUGGAAGUAUUUAUAAAUACUUAAGAAUCAAUGAUCUCUUGUAGAUAACAGAUUUUAACUAUUUAUUUUUAUAACUAUUUUAAGAAUGAUUUUUUACUUUUUAUUUCAUAGCUCAAUAUUUGUAAUUAUUUUGUACUGCUGAAAAAAAUUAAAUAGCUUCGGACUGA